AUGGCCUGGCUCAGAUGCAUGCGCUCGCCUGUCCUGUCAAAACAUACUAUCUUUAUACAAAGGGCUGCAUCACAAUGUAGACGCUGCAUCGCGACAAGUCCUCAGCCGACAUACGAUCCAUCUACGGCUGCAUCUGCACACGAGGACAUGCCGGAGCUACAACCAUUCGCGCGCGUGUCGCCCAUGGACCCGGUCAGCAAUAUCAAGAUGAUACAUUAUACGCUUGCGUCAGAUGCAUCGCCUAGGCGACGGCAAAUUGAAGCCCGUCGUGUUCGAGCGCAAAAGGAAUGGGUUCGCUUCUGGACUCUGCACAAUCGCGACUAUGCACUCAAGCUCGAGGCACUCAAAGCGCAGUAUCCACCCAAGGGGGAAGUUCCACCCGACACAAUGACACAUUUCUAUCAAGAACACAUGGCGACAACACGCGCGGACCAUCGGCGGUUCAAUGCUUGGUGGAUUGGUGAAAACUUCGGUAUGCUAGCGGCGAGUUUCAAGUGUUGGUUCACAGAUCGGAUACCGGAACGCAAAGAGCCGGGGUUCUUUGGGUCUCAUUGA